AUGCCUAAGAUCUGCAUCGGCAUCGGUCUGGGAGGCGCACAUCACGAUGUGUUGAUUCGCGCCAUUUCAAACGUUCUCUCGACCAAGAUUGCCGAAGAGACCUUUGCUCAGAUCAUCGACGGACUGCCCCUGGCCAGUGUCGUCCAGGACACUUCAGACGGUGGUCUGACCGAUGACCACCCCAUUCACGAUGCACACAAAGAGCUAUGUCCUGGCGUCUUGGAAAAGACGCGCGAGUUUCGCAGGGAUGUUGAUCUUUCCUUGAUAAAACUAGAUUCAACUCUGAUUGCCGAAUACCGUGCUGCAUCCGUUGGAUCUAGAUCCUUCAAGACUCGACUAGUCGAGGCCACAGCAGAAGCAAUCCAUGAAACCGCCGUCCAAGUAUUCAACUUGGGAACCAGUCUCCACACCAGCGAUGGCAUUGCCUCAUGGGUUCCUCCCAAGGAUGAUAUGUUCUGGCAAUGGUACCCAGACGGUGCCUGGCCUACUCUAUUCCGCCAGCCAUGGUACCAGGACUUUGAACAAUAUCCCAACGGUCUUGCCGAUGUGGUAGCCUUCUGGGCCGAGUCGCGCAUCAUAGGCGGCGUCGUGCUUUUCGACAGACGUCACCCGGAGGCAUCUCCAGACGUCCAACCAGAUUCCGUCUGGCUCCAUCCCGACCGCUAUGACAUUACAUACCGAAUCUGGCAGCUUUCAGACACCUAUAGGCAGCAACUUCUGGAAUUCCUCACUUCUGAAACACCAGACCUUAAGCUACUUCCCAUCCUCCCCAGCCAAGAAGACACCCGACGUGAAGAUCCAGAGGAGCCAAUUGAAAAGACAGGCAUCUACCGAAACAUCUGGGAGAGGAAGCCGCUGCCAGUAGAUGCACCGGAUUUGAGAUUGAAGGACGUAUGGGACCAGUUCGAGUACCCUCUGAAGGGAGAUUUCCAGAGGGCACAGCACCGAGCGUAUAAUCGCAAGGAUGGCUCGUCGGAUGGAGACUACCCUUACGAAUAG